GUGCUCUGGAGAUGGCGGCGCGACGAGUCCGAGCUCCCGGGAUGUGGUCGCCACUGCUGGUGCUCCUCGUCGUGUUGGCCGCCGUGGCAGCCGCCGCCGGCGAGAGGGUGCCCCGAGCCGCCUUCGGCACGGCAGUCGGGGCCACCCGGCUGCGCCAGAACCAGACGCACACCACUCCCAGGCCAGAGCCGAAGAGCAAGCCGUGCUCCAAGGACAGCGACUGCGAGACGAUCCGCAACACGACGUGCCGCGUCGACAGCGACGGCCACCGCCGCUGCCUGUGCGUCGACAAGGCCCCGCCAGACAACGGCCGCUGCCCCAAGCCACGAUACUUUGGCCUGCGCUGGGCGUGUUCUGAGGACAGGGAGUGCCUGCCUUUCGGGGAGUGCACGACACCCAACAACACAGAGAGCAACAGCUCGACGGGCCGCGUGUGUCUCUGUAAGCCGGGACACCCCGAGACGGACGAUGAAGAAUGCAGCGGCUCUGAUCUGAGAGGCGGGUCGCUGCAGUUGGUAGCACUGGCGGGCAUUGCUGUAUUCACCCUAGCUGCCGCCUUCUAAAUGGUAGCUCCGACGCCGCCCAGAGCCGCCAACAUUUUCGUCGCAUCCUCAGUACUGCACGGGACAGCGUACUCGCUCCUGCCUCCUACGUGACUGAAGUACACACUGAAGCAACAUCAAUCUUCAUACACCGUAUCAAUGAUUAUGUAUAAAAAUUACAAGGUGUCUAAUGCUAGAGAGCCUCUUCACGGUUACCACCAGUUCAAUAUUAUUUAUUGCCUCAGAAUAUUCAAUAUUUAUAAGAUACAGUAUUUUAGAAUAAUCGUUUGUAAACUUUAUGACAUGAAGCUUUCAAGAAAUCAUACGUUUGUGGCUAAACAAUAUUGUGAUAAUGUUGUGAACUCAUGACUCACUAGCUUACUUUUAUUGUAUUAUCGUUAAAAUCUUAUAAAAAAGGUAAAAUUUCUCUGGGUCCUUUAUCGGUUUUAUUAUGUUUAAUUGCCUUGAACUGAUUCUCCGAAUUCUUUUCAGUUUGAUUUCACAUAUUUACUCAUAUUCCAGAAAUGGUUCAUGCGGUGUAUGAAGGCUUAAGGUUUGGAAACAGCUGUCCUAAACAUAUUUAUUCAUUGUCUUAGUAGUAGUUUUGAUUAAUAAAUUUAUUUAUAAAAUUUAAA